UCUUGCUGCUCCCCGGUCCACAGUGCUAGUAAUGGGUCACUGGUCGGCCUCAAACAUUGCUGCUGUCUCCAUCGCCACACUAUCUGCAUGUGCCACUUUCAGGUUCUCCUCACACACAUUGCUGUGGUGUGAAUUUUUUGACAUAGGGUGUGGCAGAUUACGGGGCCUCCCAUAGCUGCUGCCAGGCCCCUAAUCUGCCAUGGGCCCCUAUAUACCGCCUCCUCAUGCUGCUGCCUGGUCCAGAGUCUCUCACUGGGUCCCUGUACGGCCUCCCAUUGCUGCUGUCACAUCGCCACACUCUGCCAUGUGCCACUUUUCAGGUCUCACACACUGCUGGUGUGUGUAAGAAUUUUUUGAC